AUGCGGUUAUUCUUGGGCUUGGCUAUUUUAAUAGCCGCCGUAAUUUGCCCACCGCCGCGACGAGACGCUGCCGCGCAAGCUUCUCAACAAGCAGAAACCCAACACACCCCUCCACCCCAACAUGAUAAUGAUGCACCGAGACCGAUGUAUCAAUUUACCUACAACAAAUACCUCGAAGAAGUCGUGAAAAUCCUGGAAAACGACCCGAAAUUCAACGAAAAACUGAAGGGGCUGAGCGAGGAGCAGAUCAAGGCCGGAGCUGUUGCUGAUCAUCUCGAUGACCUUGACGAGGGUAUCUUCAACCAAUUGUCAGCAGCAAAGGCGGCCGAAAUUGAACGACUGAGGAAACAAGUCGAAGAGCAAAUAAAAGCCGACGGGCAUGCCCAAAACAUUAAAAUGCCCGAGCAUCUGGAUGUGGAGGACUGGGAGAAGUUCGGCAAGGAGGACUUGAGAAAGCUCAUUCAGAAGACCGUGGCCGACAUGGAGGAAAUGGACAAGCAGAGGAGGGAGGAGUUCAAGGAGUACGAGAUGAAGAAGAAGGCGGAAGAAGACCACAAGCUCGCUCAAAUGAACGAAGAGGAACGCCAGCGGGCCAUAGCCGAGGAGCAAGCCCGCCAGGCUCGUCAUAACGAGCACGAGAAGCUGAAACAUCCGGGUAGCAAGGACCAGCUCGAAGAAGUUUGGGAGGAGGGAGAUCAUAUGGACAAAGACUCGUUCGACCCGAAAACCUUCUUCCGGCUCCACGAUAUCAACGGGGAUGGUUUCUGGAAUACUGACGAGUUGGAGGCGCUUUUCCAAAUUGAGCUCGACAAAAUUUACAAUGAGACGAACCCUGAUGAUGAUCCGAGGGAGCGGUUUGAGGAGAUGAACCGGAUGCGGGAGCAUGUGAUGACUCAAAUGGAUAAGAACCACGAUCGGUUGAUCAGUUAUGAGGAGUAUAUUGCUGACAAUGAAGCUCAGACUGACGGAAAAGACCCUGGAUGGGACGAUCUUGGAAAACAGGACCCCUACACCGAGGAAGAGCUGAAAAAGUUCGAGGAGGAAUACGCCAAGGAGAUGGGAUGGGGCGAGGGCGCGUACCGAACGUCGACGGCUCCGGUUACAGCCCAACACGACGCCGCGCAGCAGCAGCUCAAUAAUCAGCAGCAGCAACAUCAACAACAACAGCAGCACCAGCAGCCGAUUCAACCGAUUGCACCGGAAGUGCAUCACAAUCAAGGACAACCGCCGGCACCCCAACACCCAGCCCAAGCCCCCGGCCAACAACAAAUCCAUGAACUACCCAAAGAUCCGUCUUACGGCAUC